UUCGAUUAUGGGUGAAUCCACCUUUUGAGUCAGCCUUUCUUGCAGCCUCAGCGGUCAUGUCCGCUGAUCGGCUAUGGGCACAAGGAAUUCUGGAAUACCUGCCAGAAGUCCAGAAGAAUCAACAAAGCACUGCUGGCUUGGACUCGUUUGAGGCCUCUGUGUCCCGUGGCAACCGAGAGGGAUCGUCCAGGAGAUGCAGAUACACUAGAAGGCAAACUUAUUUGGACUGAGUCAACCUCAUUGUACGUUCCAUCAGAUUUCUGGUGGUAAAAGAGAGUUGACCAGAAUGAUAUAGCCCAAUGGGAAUCCAGGCUGGUCAUGCAAGUGGACGUCUAAGGAAUCUGGACGCCAGCGACCCCCAACGAGUGUUCUUCUUGGCCACCAAGCUCUAUCAUGCAGGGCGCCACCAAGAAGCCGAGUCAUGCUACUACAAGGUGCUAGACAUGCUUCCAGAGAGUGGCCAUGGCUACCUUGAGCUGGUGCUUUUCUUGGAGUCUACUGGCAGGCGGGAGGAAGCUCGAGAAGUGGCACAGCGUGCGAUUGAACGUGGUGCCCUUUGGGCCAAUGAGUGGCAACGAUGCCCGAUCUUCGUGUCAGGUUUGACCUCGAAGCCCUGGUGGUCUCGGGAGGAGUUCCCUUGGGCCAACGAGCUGGAAGGCGCCUUUCCGGAGAUCAAGGCUGAAGUGGAGGGCUUGCUAAGUGGCACGGGCAUGCCUAAGAGCUGGCUUCCAGUGGGGCAAGAACGCGCCUCACAAGAUGGUGACAUCAUUGCCCCCGGCGGUGAGUGGCGGGAGUUCUUGCUGUACUCGGCGCAAGAUCAGAGUCCCGCUACAGCCAACCCCGAGGUGCUGAAGGCCUUUCCGAAGACCUGUGAGCUGCUGGAGAACUUGCUGCCUGGCGCAGUGGCCAUGGCAAAGUUUGGGGUGGGGGAGAUCAUCCUCUCAGCCAUCGCACCGGGAACGAAGCUCACGCCUCAUUGCGCCUCCAGCAAUGUCCGGCUGACCUGCCACUUGGGUGUGAUCUGCCCAGAAGGGGCUCGAGUACGUGUGGGCCCGACCUGGGGCACCUGGGAGGAAGGGAGAUGCAUUUUCUUUGACGACAGCUACGAGCACGAGGUUGUCAAUGAUGCUGAUGGAGUACGGAUUGUGCUCCUAAUCCGCUUUUGGCAUCCAGAGCUCCCCUCUGAACGCUGGAGAGAUACUCUUGACGCAGGGAUGGAGGACUAUGCUGCCAUGAUGCGGCGGCGUGUGUCGCCGCCAGCAAACCCGGCCGUAGUCAAGCUGUGUGAGGAGCUGGCUGCGAGCUCGCUUCAGGUGAACCCAGCACCGGUGCCUGCAGCAGAGCGGCUGCUGAAAGCGGACGCGCCUGACUUCGCUGUUGGAGCUGAAAGUGAUUUGGGUUUGCUUGAUGUGCCGGAUGAUCUCUACUGAAUAGUAAGUGGCCAGAGAAGUGAAAAAA